UGUCCUCGCUUUGACGCUGAGGGUCGGGCCAUUGACUUUGAAGUCUGGAUAGAUGACCUGCAGCUUUUCUUACAGUGCGAUAGGGCAGACGGCCUCUCCCUCUUUGACCUCACUUCUGGUGCCUCUCCUGCCCCCGCUGCUGAUGCUGACGCCACUGGACCACUUCCUCUCGGUUUGCCCACCACUCUCACCGUUGACCUCCGCGAGAAGGCCCUCCUAGCAGCAGAAAAGAGCAUAGUCGCUGUAGGAGCCUCUCGUGGUGACCCUCGCACCCCCAUCUUUGAGGGGUGUUCCCCCUCCCCUCUCUUGCCCUCUGUUGCCUCUGUUGCUGCGGCCGACCUCGCUGGUUUGGAGUCGGUUGGGGCAGCGUCUACCCCUAGCGGGAGACGCCGCCCUGCAAGGGCAAGGGGGGCAGGGGCGCUGGAGGAGCUAGCGGGGGCGGUGGAGGCGGCGGUGGAGGCGGUGGAGGAGGUGGGGGUGGCGGUGGGGGGUGGUGGCGGGGGUGGAGGUGUAGGUGGCGGCAGUGGAGGCGCAGGCGGCAGCGGCGGUGGCGGAGGGAGCGGAGGUGGCGGCGGUGGAGGAGGAGGCGGCGGAGGAGGUGGAGCUGGUCGGGGUGGCGCUGCGCAGAGGUGA